AUGCGUCGUGCCAAACAUGAAAUUGUGUUUCAUGCCAACACAAAAAGGAGAUGUGGGAAUAUGUUCUUGUUAAUAUUGGCUGUAACUUUUUCAACCUUAUUAUAUUCGAUUGUCGUUUUCGAGAAGAAGUCGAAAUUUCAAUACACAUUAAAUUUAUCAAACAAAAAAGCUGAAAAACAGCCAGAUUGUUAUUGUAAGUCAAAAUUGAAUCCGGAUUUGGUUCAUAAUUUUUGCUAUAUUGAUCCACACGAUAAUUCAUCAAUUGGUGAGAAAUUCGAUUGUUCAAGUUUGUCGAUUUUAGAAAACUUAGGUGAGUUUUUUUUCUGUCCAUUUUUCUAUUCUGUUUUGUGUUUAUCUAGGCACAUUCAAUUUCACUCAACAAUUUGUGGAUACAACGAAAUCUUUUCGAGACCCUCAGGAUGUUGUGUUCCUAUCAGCUUGUUCAGAUGAUCAUGUUAUGGAUGCUGAACAAACGGUAAAUAUGGUCUUAAUUUUAAUAAUUAAUCAUGACUCAUUCCAGUUCGCUACAGUUCAACAAUUUUAUCCAAAUCAAAAACAUAUUCUAUACGAUAUUGGAAUAUCCGAAGGAAAUCGCAAAAUGUUAUUGAAUAAAUUCAAAAAUGUUGAAAUUAGACAAUUCAAAUUUUCCAAAUAUCCUCAAUUUGUUGAACAAUUAUUGACUUAUCGUUGGAAACCAUUGAUAAUUGCGGUGAGUUCAAAAAGAUUAUUGAAAUAAUAUUUUUGAAUGAUCGAAAAAAGUUGAUUAUUGUACAUUUUAGGAAGUUCUUCGAGAAUAUCCGAAUAUUUGGUGGAUGGAUGCUCAUAUUAUACUUAUCGGAGGAGACUUCACUAAUAUCACAUACGAGGAAAGAUCUAUUGAAUUAGUGAACUCUGAUAUUAUAUUUUUCAAGCAGACAGGUCAUAGUAAUUUUGCAACUCUGUUUCCCAGUAAGAUUUUAUCGUACUUAUAUUGUCGAAUAAUUUUAAAUCCAAUUUUUCAGAAGUUCUGGAAUAUAUUCCAUCUGGUUCGUCUUCUUUAUUGAAAAGCGAAGAAUUUGGAGCUCAACUUGGCGCCAAUAUUUUCUACGUUUCAAGAACUCGCCAAACACUUGAUUUGUUCAAAUGGUGGCUUCUUUGUGCUUUGGACGAGACUUGUAUGAAUCCACCAGGAGCUAAAGUUCAUUGUGAAUUCGGACCUAAUCGAUUUGAUUCUUUUGCGAAUUGUUUCCGCUUUGAUCAAUCGGUUAUUAAUCUUCUUCUACUUAAUCAAUUUCAAGAUUAUCAUAAAUACACGGGAAGUGCUGGCUAUCAAUUUGAACGGAAAUCCGUUUCUCGAUUUUUCGACUUCAAUUUUUUCGGUUAUUUUUUUUAG